GGGCCAUUAAAAAAACCUAGUGUGAGACUAAGUCUUCAACGUUCUACCAACAUAUUAAAAUGCAAACAGGUUAAAAAACACGAAUUGCUCCGAUCACUGUCUGGAUUACGUACUUCGAUUUUAUAUAGUCGAAUACACUGGACUUUGAUUGCAUUUGAAGGCGGCAAGCGCCAUAAGCUAAAAUAUAGGAGUAACAAAGUAUCUGAUGUUCUACCAAUGGCUACUGCUGGUCUGAUGAAGAACUGGGUUCUCAUCCUUUUGCUGAUUCUCCUCCCACUCUUUUCCCACUUCCCUUGUGGCACAGAAGCCUAUUACGCCGACUUCCCAUCGACCAAUCUCUCGGUUUCUUGGAAAAACACCCCCUUCAAUGAACAAGGAAGUUUGGAUUUUGUCGACGGCACCACCUUGAGGCCAAUCCUCCUUGUGUACAACAUAACCAAGUCUUAUCCUCCAUUUGGUCUUGGUUUCUUCGCACAAAAUACUUCGACACCCGAUUCAGGUUUCUAUGUAGUUGUCUUCAUGAUGACGGGAGUAAAUGCAAGUGACAACGACUCUGAUGGCGAGUACCAGUUUAGUCCAUGUAUGCCGCCCCAAGUCCUGUGGUCUGCAAACAGAGACAGUCCGGUGGGAGAGAACGCGACUCUAAAUUUCACAGGCGAAGGAGAUUUGGUUUUGAAAGAUGAAUUUGGUAACCCUGUUUGGUCAACCAAUACCAGUACCAGUUAUGUUGCUCGAAUGGAGAUAGAUGUGAGCGGAAACUUUAUGCUUCUGAAUGGUAGCAACGAUGUGGUAUGGCAGUCGUUUGAUAACCCCACAGACACAUGGCUCCCCAACCAGAAGAUCUACAAUGGUCAAAGGCUAACGGCUAGUAAUUCAUCUUCAGAUUUGUCAACAGGUAUAUACUAUUUGUCUGUUGACAAAGACAACAAAAUUGGAAUGCGGGCUUUUCUUGAUUCAAAUCCCCCACAACAAUAUGCGAUUUUUCUUGCUGAAAACAUUUUGGCUAGUUUAGUGGGUCCUCCUUUCGGGAGUCCAAACAAUGGAGUCGAACUGGCUACCGCCUUUGCAGUUUUCAACUUCAAUUUCACAGCAUCACCAUCUGAUUAUCGGUUUAUCGUCCUAGAACCAAAUGGACACUUAAUUCUGUACCACGUGGAUACCUCUUACCCAUACACUUAUGCAGUCACGCCACGCGGUGACUUACUGGCCGCCAUUGAUUCUCUUGGAGACUGCAGCUACCCAGCAGUAUGUGGGCAUUAUGGCGUCUGCUCUGGUGGUGGACAGUGCGGUUGUCCAGAGGACAGCACUGGAACUUCAAACUACUUUUGGCCAUUUAAACAAGGUGUUGGAUGUGCACAAAUCACCCUUCUUUCUUGCAAAAAUGGUUCAAAGUACCAUACAUUCGUGGAUCUCCCUAAUGUUACGUACUUUGAUUUUGUGCCCACACUUUUCGCUACCACUAUAGAUGAAUGCAAAGAGGCAUGUUUGAACAAUUGCUCUUGCAAAGCUGCCUUAUUUCGGUAUGAUAUGAAUGUCUCAUCAGGUAAUUGUUCUUUGCAAUCAGAUGAGCUUUAUUCUUUCAUGACCUCUAGUGAAAAUUUUGGUUCCUAUGCAUCUAUCAAGGUUCAGAAAGUGCCCAGCCAAAAGAAACUUGCAUCAUUGCUUCUGAUAUUGGUACUUCCUCUUGUUGGUGUCCUACUUGUCGUUACUUUUGUAGGUGGAAUGUGUUACCGUUACAGAAUGCUAAAGGUCAUCGAUAAUUCUGAGGAAGAAACUGAUGACCAAGUUACAGAAUCAUUGACUAAAUUCUCUUUUGAAGAGUUGAAAUCAUGCACGCAGAAUUUCCAGAUCAGGCUUGGCCAAGGAGGGUUUGGCGCUGUGUUUGAGGGGGUCUUAAGUGAUGGUAUAAAAGUUGCAGUGAAACAAUUGGAUUCGAUAGUCCAAGGAAGAAAAGAAUUUUUGGCGGAGGUUAACACAAUAGGCAAAGUUGAACAUUUCCAGUUGGUGAGGCUAAUUGGGUACUGCGCUGAGAAAUCAAAUAGGCUUUUGGUGUAUGAGCACAUGUUCAAUGGGUCAUUAGAUAAAUGGAUAUUCAACCGAGACAAAGCAAAAACACUUGACUGGAAAACUCGACAGGAGAUUAUUUAUGGUGUGGCCAAGGGGCUUCAAUAUCUCCACGAGGAGUGUCAUAGGAACAUAAUUCACUUUGAUAUCAAACCUCAAAAUAUCCUUCUUGAUAAAGAUUUUAGAGCCAAGAUUUCUGAUUUUGGCUUAGCAAGAUUGAUUGAUGGGAACCAAAGCCUAGCGUUGACAUCUUUGAAAGGGACAAUAGGUUAUCUAGCACCUGAAAUGUAUAGGGGUUCACAUAUCUCAGUUAAAGCUGAUAUCUAUAGCUUUGGGGUUGUCAUCUUGGAAACUAUCUGCGGGAGGAAGAAUUUAGACGACUCUCAUGAAUCUAUGCCUUUGGUUGACAUUGUGCAAACGAAGGCAGAAGAGGAUCAACUAUAUGAUCUCAUUGAUGACCGAGAUGAGGAUAUUUGGCACAACAAAAAAGAAGCAAUAAAGAUGAUGAAGAUCGCAAUAUGGUGUCUGCAAACCCAUGAUAGAAGGCCCUGUAUGUCAAUGGUCGUGAAGGUUUUGGAGGGUUCAGCAGAUCUUGAUUCUUUUGUACUUGGGUGAGGAGUGCAUUAUAGUAUCAGUGCCGGUGCCGCCUUGUCUUAUUGCAGUCCAAGGCAAGUCUAUUUACUACAGAGAUAAUUUUCAGAAUAUGAACAUUGUACACGUCUUUUGAGCAUGUCCUUGAAUCUUGAUCAUUUGUCUUUCACUCAGAUCAUGAUCUUCUUCUACUUCUUCUUGUUCUGUUCAUCCUCUGCUUUUCCGCUAAAAUCCUUCUCUUUUGGCGCUUUUAAACGAAACUUUAGAAACCUACAAAGCCA